UUUCAUAAAUGUUCCUCACUGUCCAGCUUCUCUUCUCAGGCUUUUCUUAGAAGACUGACAUUUGAGCUCGUGUCAUGAUUCGUGACAGAGUUGAGCUGGUCAAGCAUAAAGUGGGUCAACUUUUGCAAAAUUGUUUUGCGUAUUUGUACUUCGAGUGCAGUGUGUGAGUGGGCUAGUAGGAUUACUAGGGAUGAUUACAUAGAUUACGUAACGAGCGAGACCACUCGUGUUCCAUUUGUAAAUGCAGAGAAAAGUCCCAAGCCCCCUGUGUGGAUGCUUCUCGAUUUCCCGGAUGACAAUCGAUCGAGGGCCAGCAUUCUUAAAGGCGAGGAGACGAUGGCGCUCGUGCACACAAGCACGCAGACUGGGAGGAACCAAGGCCAUUUAGGCCACAGACGGAGAUGAUUUUUGGGCAAAUAUUCUUUUUGAUAUAACUGUGGAAGUCUGCUGUGGGCUUCGUCAUGUUUACGAAAACACGACAGCACAUUGUUCGGAAGGCGGAGCUUCUCUGGGGCCCGUCUGGACCUUCCCCUUUAAUUCAGCCACCUCCUCCGCCAUGUCGCCACUAUCGGCAUAACACAACAGACAGCGGGGGCCCCUGCGACCUCUCACCUCUAACCUCUCACCUCUCUUCCGUCCGUGUCCUUCUCGCGACUCAACGCUAACUGUCCCUGCCAUGCCCUUCAUCCGCAUCGCCUCGCUACUAUCCGCCCUGCUGUUCGUUAACUUUUUGGGCCGGAGCCGGGGCUACUUCCCCGAGGAGCGCUGGAGCCCCGAGUCCCCUCUCCUCGCCCCUCGGGUGGUUGUGGCGCUGGUUUGCCGCAACUCGGCGCACUCUCUGCCGCUCUUCCUCGGUGCCUUGGAGCGCAUCCGGUACCCGAAGGACCGCAUUGCUCUGUGGGUGGCGACAGAUCACAACAUAGAUAAUACCACUGCCCUGCUUCGAGAGUGGCUCAUCAAGGUGCAGAAUGACUAUCACUAUGUGGAGUGGAGACCUGAUGAUGCAUCCAGUGCCUUUGAGGAUGAGGUGGGGCCCAAACACUGGAAUAAUCUUCGUUAUGAACAUGUCAUGAAACUUCGUCAGGGGGCAUUGGACACAGCCCGUGAGAUCUGGGCUGACUACCUUCUGGUGGCCGACUGUGACAACCUGCUCACCAACCCAGAUGUGUUGUGGAAACUAAUGAGAGAAAACAAGACCAUUGUUGCUCCAAUGUUGGAGUCCAGAGCCGCAUACUCCAACUUCUGGUGUGGCAUGACUUCACAGGGUUACUACAAGCGAACGCCAGCCUACAUUCCAAUCAGGAAGCAGGAGCGUCUAGGGUGCUUUGCAGUGCCGAUGGUCCACUCAACAUACUUGGUGGACUUACGGAAGGAAGCCUCUCGUCAGUUGGCUUUUCACCCACCACACCCAGAGUACACCUGGGCCCUUGAUGAUGUCAUCGUCUUUGCAUACUCCGCUCGCAUGGCAGAUGUUCAGAUGUAUGUGUGCAACAAAGAAACCUAUGGCUAUUUUCCUGUGCCCGUGCGUUCCCAUGCUACUUUGUUGGAUGAAGCAGAGAGCUUCUUGCACACUCAUCUUGAGAUUAUGGUGAAAAAUCCGCCACUGGAAUAUUCCAGCUUCCUGACUCUUCCUCCCAAACAGCCCAACAAGAUUAGCUUUGAUGAGGUUUUCAUGAUAAAUCUAGUGCGGCGAGCUGACCGCCGUGAGCGCAUGCUAAGAAGUUUACGUGAGAUGGAGCUCAGUUGUAAAGUUAUUGCUGCUGUGGAUGGCAAAGCUCUGAACACGAGUGACAUUGAGGCGAUGGGGAUUAAUAUGCUGCCGGGGUACAAAGAUCCAUAUCACGGUCGACCUCUCACCAAGGGGGAACUAGGCUGUUUCCUCUCUCAUUACAACAUCUGGAAGGAGAUAGUGGAUCGCGGUCUGCACACAUCUCUGGUCAUUGAGGACGACCUGCGCUUCGAGGUGUUCUUUAAACGCCGUCUCCAGGCGUUAUUGCAGGAGGUGACCACGCACAAGCUUGACUGGGAUCUUAUUUAUAUUGGACGGAAGCGAAUGCAAGUGGAUCAUCCAGAGAAGUCAGUACCGAAUGUUCACAAUCUGGUGGAGGCUGACUACUCCUACUGGACUUUAGGCUACAUGUUGUCCUUGCAAGGAGCCCAAAAGCUCCUCAAAGCUGAGCCUCUGAAAAAGAUGCUUCCUGUGGAUGAGUUCCUUCCUGUCAUGUAUGACAAACAUCCUGUUUUAGACUACAUGGACCACUUUGAAGAUCGGAACCUCCAUGCCUUCUCCGCAGAACCACUUCUGGUGUAUCCGACCCACUACACAGGAGACGCGGGCUACAUCAGUGACACGGAGACCUCAGUAGUCUGGAACAAUGAGACAACCAAAACUGACUGGGACAGAGCCAAGUCCAGGAAAACUCAGGAGCAGGUGGAGCUAAGCCUGGAGGCACAGAACUCUGAUGUGCUUCAGUCUGAGCUGGAGAACUGGAGUGCGCGAGAUGAAUUGUGAUGCCUUUGGAGAGUACUUUGUUACACACACUGAGCAGGUUGACAUACUGUACAGAAGAACAAAGCUGUGAUAGUGGGCGGAAUGUAAAAGAGGCUCGAAAGAUAGACACAGCUCCAGUGAGGCUUGUACCAUCACUUGAUUUUUCUCUUAAAGGAGCAAGUUAGAUCAAAAGGUAAAAUAAGUCUUGAAGAGUCACAACUGGAGUAUCAUCAUCAUUCUUUCCAUUUUCAAUUGGCAAUCAAAAGUGAAAGCUUAAAAAAAGGGACUGAUGAUUUUCUUUAACAGACAAAAUACUGUGAGGCGGUUGUGCUAACCACUAAGGCGCCGAUCAAAAGUGCAAAAUGGAAAAAUAAGACACGGUACUGAAUUUGAUAUUUAAUUACUCUAUUUUACGUGAUCUGGAAGUUUGGUAUCAAGCAUUAGUAAUUAUACAGUAUCAAUCAGUCUGGACCAGUGUUAUAAUAAUUUUGAAUUUUUCACUGUAGUUUUUAUUUCAUUUCAUUACACCCUAACUAAGGUUUAAGCAUUUUUCUCCCUGAAAAUUCUUCGCGUUAUUAAUUUCAUUCAUAGUUAUUGUUUUUUAUUUGUCAAGUGUGAGAAGUAAAAAUAAUGCAAUAAAAAUACAAUUCUAAAAAUGUAUUAACUAACAAAUUAACAAAAAUCCACAAAUGAAAUAUAGUUACUAUAUAAAAAAACUUUGAAGUGCAAUAAAUGCAGUAAAUAAUACUGCUUCUAGAGUAGCUGCAUCACAAUCUAUGUAAAACCAUUCAUUAUUCAUUCAUGCUAUGGUAACUUCAGUAGUCUUCUGUUUAUUAUUGGGAUUUUUUCAAAAUAAUAUGCAAAUAUUUGCUUGAUUUACUUUCCUCGCUGCUAAAUUGCAACCUUCACAAGCGAACUUUCAGAUUUGAGGCUCUUUUUUCCCUUGAGAGGAUUUCACAUUCAUAAAUCUCCCGCUUCCACUUCAACACGCUUCUGUUUGUGAUGGUCAUAGCCAAAAUAUUAGACAAUAUCCCUCCAUUUUUAAACAUUUUUAACCGCUUAUCCUGACUACGGUCAUGGGUGUGCUGGAGCCUGUCACGACUAACUGCGGGAAGGAUGAUUGAACUGUUUGCAGCCAAUCACAGACAGGGUAGCUACAUAUACAGGUCCUUACUUAGUUACUUGAACUAACAGCAGAGGAAAAUAGUGCCACUUCAAAUACAAUGCAUGACUGAAUAUAUUACUUCAAACUUAUUUGUUUUGUAUAAUAUGCCUGACCAAUCAUUUUACGGUUCGUAGUCAUGGUCCGGAUUGAUUGUGGUGGCUAAGAAGCUAAUUGACUAAUGCUCAGUGCCAAACUUUCAGGUCAUGUAAACAUGAUUAAACGCAUAUUAAAAUAUAAUUCAGUAGCAUUUCAUAUCAUAUUUUCAAUCAUAGCCUAAAAUUGAAAAAUCAGGAUUGUUUUGGUAAUUUUUUUGUUAUUGUACCUUAAAAACAAAUAAUGAAAGAAUCAUUAUCUUUCAUUUUCUUAAAUUUGUAAUUGCCAAUUAAAUAUGAAAAGAAUGUAUGUGACAUGGGAUAAGUAGCAGCUUUUGUUAUAUUUAUUCCACCCCCUUGGUCCAGAUGUGACCAAACUGAAAGAUGCCUAGCCAGAUCUUUCAAAUAUACAAAAAGCAUUUGUGUCUUUGUAAAUGAUUUAAGAUUCAACUCAAAUGUUCAAUGAUAAUAGAAUACAUUUAAUCUGUGUAGUACGCUUUGGGUUUUAAUUUGUGAGUCAACUGGUGGUAACAAGCAGAUUUUAUGUUUCUGAGUGAUCUCAGUUUAUGCAACUUUGUCCCAGUUGUUCACCAUCAGUUGCCUUGUUUUCCUCUGCUGUGAUUAGUGUAGAGACCAAUGACUGUAAAACUCGCCUGUAAUGCACCAGAACCAAAUGGAUUGCUCUACAGUAUUGACACCAGGGGCUUGUUUUGACAUCCUAAGUAGGUGCACUAACACUAUUACUCUUGGCACCAACUAUUAAUUUUUUUUACUCAUAAUUCACUGCUAGCCAUCACAGGUAACACGGAUAUUUGACUUCUAAAGCUGUCAAUGGCAGUGAAUGUUUUUUGUUUUAUUUAUUAUCCAUUUCUAACAGGACAAAAUUCAUUUGUCACCAAUGUAUGUGUCAUUUUAUAUUAAAUAUCACAACUGUA